GUUUGAUUUCACAAUAAAAAUUAAGCCAAACAAACACUCUCCGAUUUCUGAUGUACUCGUAUGUUCGCUAUGCCGCGUAUACGAUGUCGCCUAAUCGGCUCUUUGCUGGCGGCAGCAGCCUUCGCUUAUUAUUGGGCCGUGAGCAAUCACUCAAUGAAACUGACCUCUGAAGACCGGCAGGACACGAACAACAGCUCAGUGGCAACGGCGCAGCUGAGGCUAUGGCAGCAGAAGCUGUGCAAUCAUGGCUGGCACCUAUUGACGAUCUUCCAGGUGCAUACCCGAUGUCCAUUUAUGCGUCUACUCCAACUGAUGCUAAUCGCACUGCCCGUCUACAAUUUGCUGCUGCUGGUGAUCGGCGUGCAUCUGCACAAGAGUGCCAAGCCCUGCUUGCAACUUGUCAUGGAAGUGCCGCCGCAAACUGAGCUACCAGCUCCGCCUCCAUCGCCGCAGCCGCCGGCACCGCCUCGUCGCAAGAGAAAGAAACAACAAGCCCCACAGCCCCCAAUAAUGCAUCGGCAAGCUCACGUAUAUACGCAUCCCAGUGCAGUAGAAAUAUAUCCCAGUGUGAAGGAUCCAUUUGCCUCAUCGCUUCAGCGCAGCCGUGAGCAGGCGGAACAGUACAAAAGUCUACGCCGCAACUUGAAACGUGCCCUGGAAGGGCUGCAGAAACCACUGAAUCCACCGUCGUGUUCUCCAUGCUCGCAACAUGAACCGAUACCGAGAUCGCCUCCUGCUGCCGUGCCGCUACCCACCUGCAAGGACAAGAGAUCGCCGAAGGUGCUGCGCUUGCUUCUCAAACGUAUGCGCUGCUCCUUCGGCAAGCACAAGACUCAGCUGCAGGCAAAGAGCAGCGAGAGCAGCGGGAGCAGCACUGACAGCAGCAACGCGUUUCUCUGCCCCCUAUGGGAGCGCUUGAGAGCCAGCCGAAAACCCCCAUACCGCGGCCCCGACCUUUGUCCAAGUUCGACAGACUCCAGCUUAUCCAGUUCCAGUUGUUUUUAUGCAUACUAAACAUCCCAUAAUGGUAGCUGCAUCCGUUGCCAGGCGAAGCAUCUUCAUAGGAGCUCUAGAGCCGUGCACCAGUGGAUCUUGAGGAGCUAAAGCUGCCAUGAAAAUGCAUCGCCUGUAAAACUGAUUUGCUCCCGCCAGCGUUUUCUAUUUCAUGGUAUAUUUUAUUACAAUUAAAUGAAAAGUGUGUAGUUUUA